AUGGCAUCCGACGAGUCCCUCCCCACUCUCAAGAUCUUAAUGAUCGGGCCCUCUGGAGCAGGCAAAUCAGCUUUACUCAUACGGUAUUGCGACGACCAGUUCGAUAAUGAAUCCUCCACUGCCACGAUAGGGGUAGAUUUCAAAAUGAAAAAGCUCUCCGUACACAACACCCCCUACCGCCUCAACCUCCUCGACACCGCCGGCCAAGAGCGCUUCCGCACCCUCUCCAACUCCUACUACCGCGGCGCCCACGGCGUAAUCCUCGUGUACGACAUCUCCAACCGUGCCAGCUUCCAGUCCAUGGACCGGUGGUUCGACGAAGUCGAGACGAACGCGCAGCCCGGCGCGGUGACGUACCUGGUUGGCGCGAAGCUGGAUAGAGAGAGUAGUAGGACGGUGAGUAGGGAGGAGGGCGCGAAGUUGGCGGAAGAGAGGGGCGCGGUGGGCUGGUGCGAGGUGAGUGCGAAGACGAGGGAGAAUGUGAGGAGGCCGUUUGUGGAGUGUGUUGGGGAGAUUGUGAAGCGGCCGGAGUUGAUGAAGAAUAAGGGGAGGGUUGGGGGUGCUGGGACGGUGAGUGUUGGGGGUGGUGGGCAGGCGGAGGGAGGUGGGUGUGCAUGUUAG